AUGAACAUACUAAGGCGACUUCCGGCGAAUUUGAUAGCAAGCAGAUAUUACUACACAAACAGAGUGAAAAAGACAACACUUUACUCCAAAAUCAGUCCUUUAGGAAACCCAAAAUCAAGCGUCUACCCAGAACUCCAAAACUGGGUCCAUUCCGGGAAGAAAGUCUCUGUCGCCGAGCUUAUCCGCAUCGUUCACGACCUUCGCAGACGCAAACGCUUCCUCCACGCUCUCGAGGUCUCAAAAUGGAUGAACGAGACAGGUGUAUGCGUCUUCUCUCCAACAGAGCACGCCGUACAUCUUGACCUCAUAGGCAGAGUCCACGGAUUCGUAUCCGCAGAAGAGUAUUUCGGAAACCUCAAGGAACAAUACAAGAACGACAAGACUCACGGAGCGCUUUUGAACUGUUACGUCAGGCAGCAGAACGUUGACAAGUCUCUCUCUCAAUUUCGCAAGAUGAAGGAGAUGGGUCUCGCUUCUUCCUCUCUCACUUACAACAACAUCAUGUGCCUCUACACGAACAUCGGCCAGCACGAGAAAGUUCCAGGAGUUUUGGAUGAGAUGAAGGAAGAGAAUGUUGCUCCGGAUAACUACAGUUUCAGGAUCUGCAUCAAUGCCUUUGGUGCCAUGUCUGAUCUCGAGAGGAUUGGAUCGAUCUUGCGAGAUAUGGAGAGGCGAGAAGACAUUACAAUGGACUGGAACACUUACACUGUUGCUGCGAAGUUCUAUAUCGACGGUGGUGAUUGUGAGAAAGCUAUUGAGCUUCUGAAAACGUCGGAGACUAGAUUGGAGGGUAAAGAUGGUGAAGGUUACAAUCAUCUCAUUACGCUCUACGCUAGGUUAGGGGACAAAACAGAGGUGUUAAGGUUGUGGGGUUUGGAGAAAGAGGUUUGUAAGAGACGGAUAAAUCAGGACUAUCUUAGUGUGUUGCAGUCUCUUGUGAAGAUUGAUGGUUUGAGAGAAGCUGAGGAAGUGGUUAAGGAUUGGGAAUCAUCGGGGAACUGUUACGAUUUUCGAGUCCCGAGUGUUGUGAUUCGUGGGUAUGUUGGGAAAGGGAUGGAGGAGAAAGCAGAAGCGAUGCUUGAAGAUUUGAUGAAGAGAGGGAAAGCUACUACGCCAGAUGCUUGGGGACUUGUGGCUAGUGGUUAUGCAGAGAAGGGUGUUUUAGAUAAUGCUUUCAAGUGUAUGAAAACUGCUUUGGGUGUAGAGGUUGGGAACAGGAAGUGGAGACCUGGGGUGAAGCUGGUUAUGAGUGUUUUGAGUUGGGUUGGGGAUGAAGGAAGUUUGAGAGAAGUAGAGAGCUUUGUUGCAUCGCUUAGGGAUUGUGUAGGUGUGAACAGACAUAUGUAUCAUGCUCUUGUCAAGGCUGAUAUAAGAGAAGGUGGAAGUAACGUUGAUACUCUGUUGCAGCGCAUGAAAGACGACAAGAUUGAAACCGAUGAAGAAACCACUGCAAUUCUCAGCACAAGAAGUCUCUUCUGA